AUGGCUUCGCAGGAUGUCUUGAGUUUCUUCCAGCCUCUUUCCUCCUGGAUGUCUCGGGUCUUUGAGGCUGUCCAGCAAGCUGGGGACUCCUUAUCCUCUUCCUUGACCAGUCUGGGAAGCAAAGUAGAUCAGCAUGUGGUAAAACAGGAGGAUGAAGGCUUAGAAGAUAGCGAUGGGCCUUACGAACGUUACUCUGAAGCUUCAGAUGACGACAGCAGCGCCAGCCAGGCGAGUGGGGAAUCCAAUCACUUUUCAUCAUCCCAUCAUGACCUGGCUUUGCCAGAACCUUCCUGCACUUCAGACCUGGGUCCGGGUUGUCUUGAGGGAAAAAGGGGCAGCCCCCUUCUCUUGAAGGAGUAUCUUGAUGAUGACCCUUCAACAGCACCUGGGGUCUGCCAAAGCUACAAGGGCCAUCAGCCCAUGGAAACCCUCCCCACCAUCCUAGAGGAGGAGGAGGAGCACCAUUCCAAGCAGAUGAAGAACCUUCCACACAACGGCGAGGAUUUGGAUGGGUUCAGCCAAUUGAGUUACCAAGACAACCUCUCUUACCACGAGGAUGACCAUCUCUCCUUCGAUUCGAGAACUGCCUCGGAGAGCAGGGGCUCUGGCCAGCUCAAAGACCCCGAGGUGGAGGUUAGAGGGGCCCCCAGCCUCAGCCGACAAGAGACAGAAGGGAGCUUCGAGAUGGAGACGGCUUUCAGCAACCAAGGAUUUGAGGGGAACAGUGCCACGGACAGCUCGUCUGCUUGGAGCCCAGAGGACCACGAGGGAGCGAGCGCCCUUCCGGCUCAGCCCCGUGCCUCCGACCCCAUCUCCAAAUGCGGGGACCUCGACGUCCUCCUCGAGUACAAGCCCGCGGGCCAGAAGCUGCUGGUGACCGUCCUGGAGGCCCAGGGCAUCCCCGACAAGGACCGCAGUGGGGCGAGCAGCUGGCAGGUGCACACGGUCCUGAUGCCCAGCAAGAAGCAGCGGGGGAAGACGAGCGUCCAGAGAGGCCCCAGCCCCGCGUUCAAGGACAAGAUGACGUUCACCAAGCUGGCCCCGGAGGAGCUCAGCGGCCACGCCCUCCGGUUCCGCCUCUACUCCGUGCGCAAGAGGAUCAAGGAGCGGAUGAUGGGGGAGCAGCUCUUCUAUCUCCGCAGCCUCAACCAGGAGGGGGAAAUGAAGGUCACGCUGGUCUUAGAGCCGAGGAGCAACUUGUGUAGCACAGGUUCUCCGAUCAGCCUCUCGGCCGUAUCCCAGAGUGACAGCGCUUCUUCGACCCAGUCCCUGUCCCACGGAGGGUCACCAGAGCUGCUGGUGGGACUGUCCUACAACGCAACGACAGGGCGGCUGUCGGUAGAGCUGAUCAAAGGCAGCCAUUUCCGAAAUCUUGCCAUAAACAGACCUCCGGACACCUACGGAAAGCUCUGUCUCCUCAAUUCGGUGGGCCAGGAGAUGUCCCGCUGCAAGACGUCCAUCCGCCGGGGACAGCCCAACCCUGUCUACAAAGAGGCUUUCGUCUUUCAGGUUGCCUUGUUCCAGCUCUCCGAUGUCACACUGAUGAUCUCCAUCUACAACCGCCGCAGCAUCAAGCGCAAGGAGAUGAUUGGCUGGCUCUCCAUGGGCCAGAACAGUAGUGGAGAGGAAGAGCUGAGCCACUGGCAGGAGAUGAAAGAGUGUAAACCACAGCAGGUGUGCCGUUGGCACACCCUCCUGGAAUCCUAA